AUGCUGCUGAUGGAAGUAGGGGACCUGUGGGUGUUUUUGGUAGUUGGGAAGGACACCUCCCUCAGAGGAUACCUCCCUCACAAAGGACUCCUCCCUCACAGAGACACCUCCCUCACAGAGGACACCUCCCUCAGAGGACACCUCCCUCAGAGGACACCUCCCUCACAGAGGACACCUCCCUCACAGAGGACACCUCCCUCACAGAGGACACCUCCCUCAGAGGACUCCUCCCUCACAGAGGACACCUCCCUCACAGAGACACCUCCCUCAGAGGACACCUCCCUCACAGAGGACACCUCCCUCACAGAGGACACCUCCCUCAGAGGACACCUCCCUAACAGAGGACACCUCCCUCAGAGGACACCUCCCUCACAGAGACACCUCCCUCACAGAGGACACCUCCCUCAGAGGACACCUUCCUCAGAGAGGACACCUCCCUCAGAGGACACCUCCCUCACAGAGGACACCUCCCUCAGAGUACACCUCCCUCACAGAGGACACCUCCUUCAGAGGACACCUCCUUCAGAGGACACCUCCCUGACAGAGGACACGUCCCUCACAGAGGACACCUCCCUCAGAGGACACCUCCCUCACAGAGGACACCCCCUCACAGAGACACCUCCCACACAAAGGACUCCUCCCUGA